CAGGAGAGGAGGGCCUGGCGCGCGUCGUUCGUGCGGUCCAUGCACGCGGUGCUGUCCGACUACACGCAGGGCACCGGCCCGUUGCCGCCUGGCAGCGCCGAGCGGUUGGCGGCAUGCCUGUUCACCCUGGGCGAGCUGGCGCGGCUGGACCCCUCGCUGGUGUCCGACGGCACCGUGGCGCACACCCACGCCAUCGCGACCAACACGGUGCGGCGGUGCGGGGCGCUCGUGCAGACGCCCUCCUCGCUGAGGGGCCACGCUUUCGCAACCCUGGGGAAGUUCUGCCUGGUGAAGGAGAGUCUCGCGAAGAAGACCGUGGAGACGCUGGUGCUCCACCUCAGUCAGCAGGAGGGCGUCGCCAUCCGCAACAACGUCCUCAUCGUCUUGGGGGACCUCAGCGUGCACUACACGUCCCUGGUGGAGCGCUUCGUCCCGCGCAUGACGGACCUCCUGCGGGACCCGAAUGAACUGGUCCGGAAACAAGGAGUGCCUGGAGAGCACUCGGACGGGAGGGCGCGGGCGAGGGCCUGGGAUGCUGAACGGGCUCCUCCACCUGCUCAGCGACCCGUCCAGCGCGGUGCGCGACCUGGUGGAGGGCGUCUUCGUGCGCAACCUGCUCCCGCGCAGCCCCGCCCUCUUCUCCCAGCGCUUCCUGGACGUGGUCUGCGCGCUGAGCGGGUGGAGAGGCCUGGCAAGCUUUCAGGGUGCCCUUGGCAACGAAGAGUUUGCACUGCAAGGCUCACCUUCCAGGAGGGCAAUCAUCUACCGCUUCAUGUUGGCGCAUAUGUCGAGCGACCAGAAGUUCAACGUGUGCGCGCAGAUCGUGACGACCUUGCUGUCAUCUUUCGUGGACACCGAGGAGGGGGUUCCGCUGCCUCCUUCGGCAGCCGAGCCCGCAGGGCAGGCGCUCAGCGAUGGCCUGUCGCUGCUCAGCUGCCAGGAGAUGCGGACCUGCUUCAGCGUGCAGCGGGGCAGCCAGGACGGCGAGGCCGAGGCCGAGGCCACGGAUGCCGCGCGCCGGGUGCUGGGCGGCAUACUGAAGCGGAACAUGGCCGACAAUAUCAUUCCUGUCUUGGUUCAGCUGAAGGGCCUCAUGGAAGCCCAACGCUCCCCGUUCCUGAAGCAAGUGCGCCACUGCCUGACGGAAAUCCUCCGUGACUUUAAGGACGACCUGCUGGCGAUGCUGGCCGGAGACGCGCGGCUCGCGGCGGAGGUCGCCUUCGACCUCGAGCGGCGCGAGCCAGACCGUCCUGCCCCCGGCUCGCCGCUCGAGCACGACGCAGUGGCGACGCCCGCGCCUGGCAGGCGCUCCCUGGGGAGCAUGAUGAGGACACCUGCCCUUGUUCCAGUACCGCUCGCGGAUGCAGCUGCAGCCGACCAGUGCGCAGCGGCCACACCCCCGCGCUGCUCAACGCCCUCGUCGAUCCCGAGGGCGGCCUGCCGCUCGAAGGGCAGCGGCCUCGCCGCGCCGCCGGCGCGCCAGCGCGGCCGGCCCGGGCGGCGCGGGCCCGCGCCGGCGCCGAAGCGCCGUCGGGUGGAAGGCCUCGAAGGCGCCCGCGAAGGGCUCGGAGGCGCACGUCCGGCGCGCGCCGGAGGGGCCUGACGCACUGCUGGCUGGCGGCCGUGCAGCCGGACAGGAUAGCUUCGAGCGGGAACCGGGAGUCCCACUGCAUGGAAUCGGCACCUCGCGCAUGGACAAGCGGGAGGUGCUGCGCUGCCGGCGACGGGGGGCGGCGCAGCGCUGCUGCGCGACCUCGCGGCACGGUGCGGCGCGGGGCAGCGCAAACAA